AUGCCCAGCAGAUACCCAGCAGAUCAGCAGCAUCACUUUGCUCAAGUGGGAACGCAGCGCUGGGCCAUUGAUCGCUUUAAGGUGCGCCGCAUCCCAGCCUAUGUGAUCGUGGACCCCGCUACGCGGCAGGGCUUUCACGCUCAGCCGCAAAUUCUUCAUAGUUUCGCUAGCUUCAAGCAGCAGCUGACGGAUGCCAAGUUCUUACCGGAACUGAACCGCGAGUCCUUCAAAGAACGUUGUCGCGGAGAAUGGUCCGGCGGAUGCGCCUGGGCAGCAGUGUUCUUGGUGCCUCCCGAUGCCCUUGGCAAGGAUGACCAAGUCAGAAGAGCCUUGAGAAAUUUUCGCGAGGCAUGCAAGAGAGUGGAGGAGCACGUCGGUGCCGGGGUGCAGUUCGGAAUCCAAAGAUGA